AUGGCCUACGACUGCUACGUGGCCAUCUGCAAGCCCCUGCACUACGGGACCCUCCUGGGCAGCAGAGCUUGUGCCAAGAUGGCAGCAGCUGCCUGGGGCAGUGGCUUUCUUGAUGCUGUCCUGCACACAGUUAAUACAUUUUCUCUGCCCCUCUGCCGAGGUAAUGAGCUUGAUCAGUUCUUCUGUGAGCUUCCUCAAAUCCUCAAGCUGUCCUGCUCAGAGUCAUUCCUCAGGGAGGUUGGGCUCAUUGUAGUUAGUAUCUGUUUAGCAUUUGGCUGUUUUGUUUUCAUUGUGCUGUCCUAUCUGCAGAUUUUCAGGGCCGUGCUGAAGAUCCCCUCUGAGCAGAGCCAGCACAAAGUCUUUUCCACGUGCCUCCCUCACCUUGCAGUGGUCUCCCUAUUUAUCAGCACUGGCAUGUUUGCUUACCUGAAGCCCCCCUCCAUCUCCUCCCCAUCCCUGAACCUGGUUGUGGCAGUUCUGUACUCAGUGGUUCCUGCAGCCAUGAAUCCCCUCAUCUACAGCAUGAGAAACAAGGAGCUUAAGGAUGCAUUGAGGAAACUCUUUGGAUAUAUGUUUCUUCACCAUUAA